GCACUAGUGAAACUGUCAAAGUUUUUUGAAAAGUACUGUCAGAUUAGUUUCAUAAAUUUCAUUAUUGUAUUUAUAUUUUCCAAUUAGAGUAUUGUAAAGGGAAGCUGUGUAACAAUAACUAUGUCAGGGCUCUCCGAUAAUGAAGAUUUUGGUGAUGAGAAUGCAUCUCCAAAUACGAAUCGUGUAUCGCAACCCAAUGCUAGCAGCACUGUAAUUCCUUUAAAGAAACUGGUUCUACCUGCAGAAUUCUUCACAUGUGUAGGGGAAGUGCCUGGCAAAAAUGCCAGUCUAUAUCGGUGUCUAUAUCCUGACUGCGUCCCAAAAAAGAAAAAGGAUGGUUCUGAAAAACCACUUGUGGUGCCUCAUUCUUCUCGAUACAAUGCCAAAAGGCAUUUCUUGAAUCAUGAUCCCAAUCAGGAUCUUGGACAUCUUAAACUUUGGGAAGAUGCUGUAAAACAUCUGGAUAAUUCAACAAGUCUCAACAACACACCUAUUUCAGUAAAUAGACGUGCCAUAAUUACACAAGAAGAUCUUGAUAUUUGGGUGUUGAAUUUCCUCGUUGUUGACGUCUUACCAAUUUAUACCGUCGAGAAACCUGGUUUCAAACCACUAGUUAAUAAUCGGGCCCCGAAUCUAGUUAUACACGGACGAACGUUUUUUACAAACAGACUGGAGACUAUAUACAAUGAAAGAAGGUUACAGCUGAUUGAUGCUCUUAGCAAAUCUACAGAUGCAGCAACGACUAUAGACGCAUGGACUAGUAGAAGGAAAUCGUAUCUCGGUGAGACCAUUCAUUGGUUUGACGGCGAAUCCUUAAAACAAAGAAGUGCCUGUCUUGGCAUACGACGGAUCAAAGGGCGCCAUACGUAGGGGAGACUGGGGUAUGCCGGGACACCGGGUCA